GAGGACAGAACGGUCCGAUGUGUUUCUCUGGUUUGCAGUCAUUGUUGAGAUCUAACCGCAUCAACUUCUUGUUCCGUUGGCAAGCGUAUCGACUUUUGGUACGAAGAUGCUAGGCUUCGUGCGAUUCUGUGUUAUCCUUUUUCUAGCCAUACACAAAACGAUUGCUCAAGAUGGUCAACCUUGCAAUACUGCGACGGGAGCUUCAGGUGUUUGCAUGAGCACUGCAUCCUGCCCCGCCCCUUAUCAGCUGAACAUUAAUCCAUUAGGAUUUUUCGGUGUCGCUGCAAGAGGAUGUCAGAAUUUCUUAGGUUUUGGCAGUGUUUGUUGCUCGGUAGCGGUUUUCUCCAGCAAUGCAGUUCCGUCAAGUACGGCACCAACUGCUGCACAUAUGUACGAAAGUGCUCCCAGUAGUACACCGGCACCGACACGUGCUUCUACGACUGUUAAGCCUUCAACGCCGGCAUCAACCGUUUCAACCACGAGUCGUUCGACAACGAUUCGUACAACGACGCCUAUUGUACUGCAAAAUCGGUUUGCAAGUGAUCCGACGUUCGAUAGCCCGGUCGUUCUGCCCACUCCAGAGCAGGGCUGCGGUCUAAGCGAUGUUGAGCACAAUCGAAUUGUCGGUGGUGUUCCGGCCGCACUAAACGGAUGGCCCUGGAUGGCUUUGGUCGGGUACGAGGAAGACUUUGGGGAUAUCGAUUUCCGCUGUGGAGGUUCACUUAUCACGGAUCGUCAUGUGCUUACCGCGGCUCAUUGUAUUUUAUCCUCAUUAUCCGUUGUACGAUUGGGAGAACACGAUAUGGACAAUCAAACCGAGUCAGCACACGUGGAUGUGCCGGUGUACAAGUACAUUUCCCAUCCAUCGUACGAUACAUUUGAUGGCCAUUCGGAUCUAGCGCUCCUAUACCUAACACAAAUGGUGCAGUUCAAUGCUAUAAUCAAACCCAUCUGUCUGCCCACGGCCGAUCCGGUGCGUAGUACCGACUUUACCGGUUACAACCCAUUCAUUGCCGGUUGGGGACGCACCAAAGAAACGGGCUUCGAAGCGAAAGUGCUGCAGGAGCUACAGAUUCCUAUCCUUGAAAAUCAAGAAUGUAGCCAGUUGUACAAGAAGAUAAGGAAACUAUUUUCCAAGAAACAGUUCAACGAUGCUGUACUCUGUGCCGGGUUUCUAGAGGGUGGUAAGGAUUCGUGCCAGGGCGAUAGUGGCGGCCCAUUAAUGUUGCCGUAUCUUGUCAACAAGAAGUUCCACUACUUCCAAAUCGGCAUAGUGUCAUACGGUGUGGGGUGUGCCCGUGCUGAGCUGCCCGGUGUGUACACAAGGGUGGCCACAUUCAUGGAUUGGAUAUUGGAGCAGAUCGGGAAGAACUAACAACAUUCCACCGAAUGUUGCGAUGUGAACGAAGUGUUGAAAUACCUGAACACUAAACCGUUUAACAUUAGUAGAUUAAAAUUCGGUAAAUAUAUUUGAUUAACAAAGAUUCCGACAAAUGAUACAAAAAAAAAACGGUUAAAAGUAAAAUAAAAAGCUCGUAUUAACCUGACAA